UGUGUGGAAAACAUUCAUCUUCAAGCUUCAACCCCGCACAUCACGGAAGUACUAAAGACUUAAGAUUUCCUCCAAACUUCUAGUGAAACAUGGUUAAAAAGGGAAGACCACGUAAGAUGAAAAGCAAGCGAGUGCUGGCUAAAGUUCGCUACAAGGUAGAGAAAAAGGUCAAAGAACACAGACGGAAACUGAAGAAACAGGAAAGAAAGAGUGGCAUCAAGCAGAAACCAAGAAAGGAUAUUGGUAUCCCUAAUUUAGCCCCAUUCAAAGAGAAUAUACUACGGGAGGCUCAAGACCGUAAAGCCAAGGAAGAAGAAGAGAAAAAAAGGCAAAAGGAUAAACGCUUCCAGGAAGUUAUGAAACAAAGGAAAAUAGGAGACUUGCAAACAAGUGCUGAACGUAGAGCAAAAGCAUUUGAACAAAAGCAAUCCAUAUUGGGAUCUAAAAUCUCAUCAGGAAGUCACAGUGCAAGAGAUCUGGAAACAUCUCGUAAGACAUACUACAAGGAGUUCAAGAAGGUGCUUGAGGCAUCAGAUAUAGUCAUACAGGUUAUAGAUGCAAGGGAUCCACUAGGCUCACGGUGUCCACAGCUGGAGAAAGCUGUUCUCUCCGCUGGAAUCAAUAAGAGGAUGAUUCUUCUUCUUAAUAAAAUUGAUCUUGUACCUAGUGAGAAUGUUGAGAAAUGGCUGAAGCAUUUGCGGAAUGAGUUUCCUACCGUAGCUUUCAAAGCUUCUACUCAGCUGCAGAGGCAAAACUUGUCACAAAGUAAAGUUCCAGUAACGUUGUCCACCAAAGAUUUACUGCAGUCAAGCCGCUGUCUUGGAGCUGAAACACUAAUGAAAUUACUCAACAAUUACUGUAGAAGUGCCGAUAUCAAAACAGCAGUUACUGUAGGAAUUGUUGGAUUCCCUAACGUUGGUAAAAGCAGUGUCAUCAACAGCUUGAAGAGAUCCAAAGCCUGCAAUGUUGGAUCACAGCCAGGAGUGACAAAGGCGAAGCAAGAAGUUCAACUAGCAAAGAACAUCAAGUUGCUUGAUAGUCCCGGUGUUGUUAUGGCAGCAACAAAUAGUGAAGUUGCUUUGGUAUUACGUAACUGCAUUAAGAUUGAGGCACUUGAUGACCCUAUAAGCCCAGUGCAAGCAAUAUUGAAGAGAUGUAACAAGCAACAGAUAAUGCUGCACUAUACGAUUCCAGACUUCAGUGGGGUGGAUGAGUUCUUGUGUCUAUUGGCAAAGCGACAGGGAAAGCUUAAAAAAGGAGGGAUGCCUAAUAAAGACAAAGCAGCAAGGGGUAUGCUAAUGGACUGGAACAGUGGACGUAUAUCAUUCUACACCCAUCCACCGGAGCAGCACAGGUUACCUACCCACAUUGAUGCAGCAAUAGUAACUGAAAUGGGCAAAGCUUUUGACAUUGGGUCGUUGGAACAAGAAGACAAAGAAACAUUAGGAGUUUUACCACCUGUAAGGCCUAGCAAUACAAUACUUGUAGAGUCAGCUGGACCGACACUUGGUGUAACCGAAGAUGAUAUUGCAAGUGACAAUGAAAUGGAAGAGCUUAUGGUAAGAGAAGACGAUGAGGAUGUUGAUGCUGUCCAUAAUUUGGAGGAUAAUACUGAUGUGGAAGAUAGCCAGGAACACAAAGAAGCUCAGCAUUCAGAGAUCGGGGAUGUUACUAUUUCAUUGAGUGGAGAGAUUUCAAGUGAAAGAGUGAAAUGUAAUGAUGGAUCAGUGUAUACUCAAGGAGCACAAUUCAUUGGUAAACACCAAAGUGCAGUGAAUGUUGACACCAACCAGCAUAACAAAUCUAAAAAGAAGGAAUUCAAGCAGAUGAUCAAAAAAAGGAAGAGAGCUGACAAACUGGCAACAAUUCUAUCUGAUGAGCUGACAGUGGCAAUGGAUUUUUUGGGGGAAGAUGAUGAUGAUGAUGAUGACGACUAUGAUUUCAAAAAGGACUUUAUAAAGGAAUAGCAAAUUAGCGGAAAGGUCUAGAGGAAUAUUGUCUAAUUUCAUAUCAGCAGGUACAUUAUCUAAUAUUUUGUUCAACCCAUAGAUAUCCCAUAGGUGCUUAUUUACAUACAUGUGCCUAAGCGUCUGCACAUACACUUAUUGUUUAUCUUGAAACAUGCAUCUAAUAAACAAUGUUGUCACUGACAGAAAAACUAAGUAUUAUACCAGUGAAAGGGGAAAAAAAUCUUAAUUUGAUUUUAAACUUGUCUCACUUUAUUGGUGCUAUCAUGGUUGGAAAGAAUAUUUCCUAAGCUUCAAAAUAAUACAAAACUUGUGGACAUGUACAUGUACCAUUCUAACGUACAACAUGUACAUGUACCAUUCUAA